AUGGCGGACAAGUAUUAUCUCAUGUACUUCUGGCAAUGUAUGCGACUGCCACAAUGUAUGACCUUCAUCUUAGCUCGACGGGGCUUUGGACUGAUCAUCUGCAGCUUCUUGACCCCUUCGUCAAAGAUCUUCCAGGAUAAUCUGGAUCUGGUUCGACCAUUCAAUGACAUGCGUGGCCUGGGCAGACAAUGGGCCAUCCGCGCUGGCAAGGAAGUCCUUCAGGAUAUUGAUCAGCCCACUUUCGAAAGCGUACAAACAACCGAAAUGCUGACCUUGUAUUGGUUUCAUGCUGGCGAGUGGCAGCGGAAUACAAUGUUCUCGGGUAAACAACCACUCUUCUGGACAGUGGACAAGAUGGUUGGUUGA